AGCGGCCGCCUGCGUGCUGACAACACCCCUGUGGCUGUGAAAUCCUGCCGGGAAACCCUCCCACCAGAACUCAAGGCCAAGUUCCUGCAGGAGGCCAGGAUCCUCAAGCAGUACAGCCACCCGAACAUUGUCCGUCUCAUCGGUGUCUGCACCCAGAAGCAGCCCAUUUACAUUGUCAUGGAGCUGGUGCAGGGAGGGGACUUCCUGAGCUUCCUGCGCAGCGAGGGGCCCCAUCUGCGGGUGAAGGAGCUGAUCAAGAUGACGGAGAACGCUGCUGCUGGCAUGGAGUACCUGGAGAGCAAGCACUGCAUCCACAGGGACCUGGCUGCUCGCAACUGCCUGGUGACAGAGAAGAAUGCCCUGAAGAUCAGUGACUUUGGGAUGUCGCGGGAGGAGGAGGAUGGCAUCUAUGCCUCCACGGGCGGGAUGAAGCAGAUCCCUGUCAAGUGGACUGCCCCUGAAGCACUCAAUUAUGGCCGAUACAGCUCCGAGAGCGAUGUCUGGAGCUUCGGGAUCCUGCUGUGGGAAGCCUUCAGCCUGGGUGCCAUCCCCUACGCCAACCUCAGCAACCAGCAGACGCGAGAGGCAGUGGAGCAGG